AAAAACCAGAGAGGGAGGAAGCAGAGGAAGGAAGAAAAAAAAAAAAAUAGAGAGUGAUAUCAGUUUUUUAGGGUUAGGGUUUUGAUUUAAAAAAAAAAAACAAAAGAGAUUUGACUAUUAAUCUCUUUGUGGUCCUUGUAAGUCAGCUCACCACAUCCUUCUAACCCCUUUUUUUUUUUGAACUAUCUAACCCAUUAUUUUAUUCGCCAUAAAAAUCAAAACUUUGAUAAAUUAACAUAUAGUUUCUGUCCUUUUUACUCUCCUACAGAUCCCAACAGUUAGAGAGGGAAAGAGAAACGAUCUGAUUUCCUGCUGUAUCUAUAUCUAUCGUCUCUGUGACUGUGCCAUAUACUGACUUUGGCGUACUGUCCAAAAUUAUUAAGGCUUCUGUUUUCUAUGAGUUCCUUUUGGGUACUGACAAACAAAUGGUCAAGCAAGCCGCUGGUGCAAGAAAUUAGGGUUUCUUUCAUAUUUGUCGGUGCUGUAUGUUUGUAUCAGAGAUUUUUCCCCUUUUCACUUUAUGGAUUUGAUAGAGUGAGAGGAAAGACUGGGUCUUGGUGUUGUCUUCUUCCUUAUUCUGGAACCGAGUCUCUAGAUAGAGUUUUUCUAGGUGGCGAAGAAAAAGUAGUUCUUCUAGAGUCAUGCAUGAGCCCUUAACAAGGAGACAGCUUUUUCAUUUUGUCUCUCCACUGUAAAUUAUGUAGACUCGCUCAAUCUGAGUAGUAUUUGGAAGGACAAGCUCUUGAACCAAGAGAGAAUGAAGAAAAAUCAAAGCAUACCCAGAUUUCUUGCGAAAACUGAUACUGUUGUUUACAGUACAUAUAUAUACCCUAAGGCAAACGGCACCUGAGAGAAAAAGAGAGGAUAUUAAAGAGAUUCAGAGGGAGAAGGUUCAGUUUUUCUGUUUCUAUUUUGAUUAGUUUUGAAGGUUUGAUCGGGGUUAGUAGUGAAGGUGGUGGGAUUGGUGCAAGAUACAUGGUUAAUAUUAUUUCACACAGCAACAUUCCCAGUGUGGGUGCCGUUGCUCAGACAGCCCCUUACACCCCACCUAUUUCCAAAUCUAUGAAUAGAUCUCCAGCCUUUUCUCUCUCCUUUAAGAGAAUGGAUGGUCCUGCUGAGAUGGCUCUGCUUGGGGAAAAUUUUGAUCCUGGUGUAGCUGGAAGGAUGAGGGAAGAUGGCUAUGAGAGCAGGUCUGGAAGUGACAACUUUGAAGGUGCUUCCGGUGAUGAUCAGGAUGCCGGAGAUGAUGGACCUCCAAGGAAGAAGAAGUACCAUAGACACACUCCUCACCAGAUACAAGAGCUUGAAUCUUUCUUCAAGGAAUGUCCUCACCCUGAUGAGAAACAAAGAAUGGGACUGAGCAGGAGGCUUGGCUUGGAAAGCAAGCAAAUAAAGUUUUGGUUCCAGAACAGGAGAACCCAAAUGAAGACCCAAUUGGAGCGCCAUGAGAAUGUAAUUCUUAGACAAGAAAAUGAUAAGCUGCGAGCAGAGAAUGAAAUGUUGAAGCAGGCCGUUGGUAGCCCAAUGUGCAACAAUUGUGGUGGUCCAGCAGUGGCUGGUGAAAUAUCUUAUGAGCAGCACCAAUUUAGGAUUGAAAAUGCUCGGUUGAAAGAUGAAUUAGGCCGGAUUUGUGCUUUAGCAAACAAAUUCUUGGGUAGGCCGCUUUCAUCCUCGGCCGGCACUAGCACUUCACAAGGUUUAAAUUCUAAUUUGGAGCUUGCAGUAGGCAGAAAUGGUUUUGCUGGUGGGAGUGGCAAUUCUGGCACCAUCACAUUGCCAAUGGGACUUGAUUUUGUUGAUGGAACCAUGAUGCCUAUGCUGAAACCAAUGGGCCUUGAAGUGCCACCUGAUAGAUCAACAUUAUUUGAUGUUGCAUUGGCAGCUAUGGAUGAAUUAAUUAAAAUGGCACAGAUGGAUAGUCCCCUCUGGAUGAAAAGCUUGGAUGGAGGGAAGGAAUCGCUUAAUCAUGAAGAGUAUAUGAGGACAUUUUCUUCUCUGGUUGGCAUGAAACCCACUGGUUAUGCUACCGAGGCUUCACGUGAUACUGGUAUUGUAGUCAUCAGCAGCUUGGCUCUUGUAGAUAUGCUGAUGGAUGUGGGACGGUGGGCAGAAAUGUUUCUUUGUAUGAUUGGAAGAGCAGAGACCAUUGAGGUAUUAUCCAUUGGUACAGGUGAUACCAGAAACAAUGCACUGCAAAUGAUGCAUGCUGAUUUUCAAGUGCUUUCGCCUUUGGUUCCUGUCCGUCAAGUUAAAUUCCUUCGCUUCUGCAAGCAGCAUGCUGAGGGUCUGUGGGCUGUUGUUGAUGUUUCAAUUGACAGUAACCGAGAUGUUUCAAGUUCAUAUUUGCUUCCAAGCUGCAGGAGGCUUCCUUCUGGUUGUGUUGUCCAAGAUAUGGCUGAUGGCUACUCCAAGGUUACCUGGGUGGAACACUCAGAGUUUGAUGAAAGUGCUGUCCACCACCUCUUCAAGCCGUUAGUCAGAUCUGGUUUAGGUUUUGGUGCACAGAGGUGGCUAGCUUCCCUAAAAAGACAAUGUGAGGGCUUUGCAAUGCACUUGCCCUCCACUAUGCCUAGUGAAGACCACACCGGUUUCUCAUUACUCCUCUAUUUUCCCUUCACUUCUAUGUUUAUUAUGGUAAAUUUAUCAUCUAAUACAUCAUAUCAUGCCACAGGAAUAACUCCAAGUGGUAGGAAGAGCAUGUUAAAACUGGCACAGCGUAUGACAUUUAACUUCUGUUCUGGAAUCUGUUCUUCAAGUGUGCGUAAGUGGGACAGGCUCCAUCUUGGUAAUAUAAGUGAUGAUGUCUUGGUGUUGACGCGGAAGAAUAUAAAUGAUCCUGGUGAGCCUCCUGGUAUUGUGUUGAGUGCUGCAACUUCUGUUUGGAUACCAGUGUCACAGCAUAGGUUGUUUGAAUUCUUGCGAAAUGAACAAAUGAGGUGUCAGUGGGACAUUUUGUCCAACAUUGCGCCAAUGCAAGAGAUGGUUCGAAUCUCCAAAGGCCAUGGCCAAGGAAACUGUGUCACUCUCCUCCGUGGCAGUGCUAUUAACACAAACGAAACCAGUAUGCUAAUUCUACAGGAAACAUGGAGUGAUGCUGCUGGCUCAAUGGUAGUAUAUGCACCAGUAGACAUACCUGCAAUGGAUGUUGUUAUGAACGGUGGAGAUCCUACCUAUGUGGCCCUCCUGCCAUCAGGGUUUGCUAUCCUUCCUUGUGUAUCAGGCGGUCAGGCAGCAGGAGAAAGCUCCAAUGGACCUUUGGUGAAACCGGACGUGGAAGGCAAUGAUGGUGGAUGUCUACUCACAGUUGGCUUUCAGAUUUUGGUGAAUAGCAUUCCUACAGCGAAGCUAACUGUGGAGUCGGUCGACACUGUUAACCACCUCAUGUCAUGCACAAUUCAUAAAAUCAAAACUGCCCUUACAGUAACAUAGGCACAGCAGCUAGGUGUGCGUAGCUGACCUUUUGCUCUUGUUUUUUUUGGUUACCUUUUUUUGAAAAGAAAGACAAAACAUGUGGAAAGUAUAGGGUACAAUGUGGUAUAGGAUGAAAAGAAAAAAGGGGUUUGGGAUGAUAUGGGUUUGCAAGUCAAGAACGAACCGCCUGGAGAGAAUUUUUGUUGUUCUGUGAAUCUGAAUUGCUGAAUGUGCUGGUUUCAAACUCAGGAGAAUCGAAAGGAUUAUGGUUCGGGUAUUGACUUAGUGUACCCGCGGAUGGUGCUCAGUUCUAUAUUCAUUUUGUUAUAUAGAUUUUUAAAGAGAAAUAAGAUGGAUAUUUUAUGGACUGAUCGUGUUUUAUUCGUUUCAACUUUCAAAUUAAAUCUUUUCCAUGUCU